AUGAGUCAAAAAGCAGAAAAGCCAGUUCUAUCAGGUCAGCGCAUCAAGACCAGAAAAAGAGAUGAGAGGGAAAAAUAUGACCCAACAGGUUUUCGUGAUGCAGUUAUACAAGGUCUUGACAAAGCUGGAAAUGACUUAGAAGCUGUAUCAAAAUUUCUCGAUACUGCCGGCUCCAAAUUGGAUUACCGCCGUUAUGGAGAGGCUUUAUUUGAUAUUCUUAUAGCAGGAGGUCUUCUUGUUCCGGGUGGCUCCAUAGCCACUGACGGCGAUAAGAUAUGCAAAACGAAUGUGUGUAUAUUUGACGCACCGGAGGAUAUGGAGUCCAUGAAAAAUUACGAGCAAGUCUUCCAGAAAUUGAUGCGUCGUUACAAAUAUUUAGAAAAAAUGUUUGAGGAUGAAAUGAAAAAAAUAUUAAUUUUUAUUAAGGGUUUUUACGAAGCUGAAAGAGUUAAAUUAGCACGGAUGACUGCAUUAUGGCUUGCUAACGGUUCGGUGCCUCCUACAGUUCUUCACGUUCUUAUCAAUGAGCACUUGGUUAAGGAUAAUUUGGCAUUAGACUUUAUAGUAGAAGUUUUUUCUACAUACAAACAAGAAAAGGGACUUGCCAAUCUCAUAACGAUGUUAAAAAAAGGUGGACUCGAGGGUCGCAUGAUGGAAUUUAUGCCAGCCAACAAGAGAACGGAAGAGAAUUUUCGAACCGUUUUCGAAGACAAGGGAUUACACGAGCUCGUUAAAUUACACAAGGCUCAAGCUAGCCAAGAGGCUAAAAGAGAUUUGCAACGACAAUUACAAGAAGCUCUCAGUGAAGGGAAACCAAUUAAAGAAAUCACAACAGAUAUCAGGGAUUUUGCUGCCAAGAAUCAUAUUCCAGAACAAGACGUUGUAGCAAUUAUAUGGUCGACGGUAAUGGCUCAAGCAGAAUGGAAUAAAAAAGAGGAGUUAGUAGCCGAGCAAGCUCUUAAACAUUUAAAACAGUAUACCGUUUUAUUUGAGUCAUUUACUAAUUCGCAACGAUCUGAAUUGCAAUUAAUGUUGCGCAUACAAGAAUUCUGUUAUGGAAAUAUGAAUUUUAUGAAAGUUUUCCAAAAAAUUAUCCUUCUCUUUUACAAGACUGACGUACUGUCUGAGGAGGUCAUUAUUAAAUGGUAUAACGAAAGUCAUUCUGUAAAAGGAAAAAUGUUAUUCCUUGAUCAAAUGAGAAAAUUUGUUGAGUGGCUUCAAAAUGCAGAGGAAGAGUCCGAAUCUGGAGGUGACGAUGAUUAA